ACAAAGCCCUGCGUCAUUACCAGCAACACCGAGAGCGAGAGCGAGAGCGAGAGAGAGAGAGAGAGAGAUAGAAAGAUGGCAGCACCGGUGCAGACGACAGCCACGACGCCUCAGGUCCCUGCUGCUGCGGUAGUCACGUCGGUGUUCCAGCCAGGGAAGCUUGCGGUCGAGGUGAUCACAGUGGAUCACGAUGCACAGCCAACACCGCCGAUCCCGAUCCUGAUCGCUGCUCCCAAGGAUGCCGGAACCUACCCCGUCGCCAUGCUACUGCACGGCUUCUUCCUCCAGAACCGCUACUACGAGCAGCUCCUCAAGCAUGUUGCCUCUUUUGGCUUCAUCAUGGUCGCACCACAGUUCCACACCAGCCUCAUAUCCAAUAGCGACAACGACGACAUCGCGGCGGCAGCCAAGGCGACGGACUGGCUCCCCGAGGGCCUGCCAUCCGUCCUCCCGACAGGCGUCGAGGCCGACCUUUCCAAGCUUGUCUUGGCGGGCCACAGCCGAGGUGGCCACAUGGCCUUCUCCCUGGCCCUGGGGUACGCCAAGAUCAGCAGCAGCCUGAGCUUCUCCGCGCUCAUCGGGCUCGACCCCGUCGCCGGCACGGGCAAGAACUCGCAACUCCCGCCGGCGAUCCUCACCUACGCGCCCUCGUCUUUCGACAUCGCCAUGCCGGUGCUGGUCAUCGGGACCGGGCUGGGCGACGAGAGGGAGAACGUGCUGUUCCCGCCCUGCGCCCCCGUGGAUGUGAACCACACCGAGUUCUAUCGCGAGUGCAGGGCUCCGUGCUACCACCUGGUGACCAAAAACUAUGGCCACCUCGACAUGUUGGACGACGACGCUCCCAAGCUUGUCACCUGCCUCUGCAAGGAAGGGAACAGCUGCAAGGACGUGAUGAGGAGGACCGUCGCCGGUAUCAUGGUGGCCUUCUUGAAGGCCGUCAUGGGCGAGGAGGAUGGUGAUCUCAAGGCCAUACUCACAGACCCUGGGCUCGCACCAACCACUCUGGACCCUGUCGAGUACCGGUUGGCAUGAGCAGAAACCUAGCUAUAUACUCCAUAUAACUUCAUUUCAUACAAGUUAUUCAAUUUCUUUGUUGCCUUUUAAUUUAAUCUGGUUGUUUUCCUCCAUGCAUGUGUGUAUAACUUUUUACUUCAAUAGUUCAAUUCAUUUGUCCUUUUAUUGUGUAAACACUUGUAGAAAUAAAAAUGAUCGGGUUUAAAUCUGCUUGGAUUAGUUUCUUGUCUUUGAACCUUAAUAAAUCACAUUUCUGUCA